GCUCAGGGAGCGCGCAGCACAGCGAUCGCCGGUGCGCUGUGUCCCUCGGACACAGCGGAUCACGGAAAAAGCCGAAGAUGUCGGCUCGGUCAUGUGAUCAGCUGUGUCCAAUCACAGCUGAUCACAUGGGACAUGUACACUGAUCAUCAGGGCACUGAUGAUCAGUGUGCCCUGAUGAUCAGCGUGGCCCCAGAAGUGUCACCUGUCAGUGUCCAUCAGUGCCAGCAGUCAGUGCUCAUCAGUGUCACGUGCCAGUGCCCAUCAGUGAGACAUCAAUGCCACAUAUCAGUGCAUACCAGUGCACAUCAAUGCCACAUAUCAGUGGCCAUCUGAGCUGCCUUUCAAUGUCACCAUGUCACCAUCAAUGCCAAUCAGUGCCACCUAUCAGUGCUGCCAAUCAGUG